AUUGUAAAUAAGUAUGGAUUUGGAAAUUAAAUCAAAAAAAGAUGUGGGAAGCUAAAUUUGGAAGCCUAUAGGGUUGGAGCAAAAAAGUGUUUUGGGGAGGCAAAAAUGCACAUUUGAGAGCUUGGGAGGCUAAAUAUAGCCUUUUGGGUUGGAGUUAGUCUUAUGAGGCAGUAUCAUUAGCAGUACAAUGAAUGGAUAAGUUUACCUACCAGUAGGGUGGAGCGGGUCCCUCCCACGGUUAAUCAACCUGCACGGGAUACUGCUCCCCCUUGUCCGUUUGUGUGCCGAUGGGAUGGGGCGGUUAAGCUUGCGUCCCACUUGGCCGGAGGAAUGGUUGUUAUGGACCAGUCGGGGAUGGUUUUGAUGGCUAAAGGGGUCCAGUUUGCUGGGAUUGAUGACCCUUUGCUUGCUGAGAUCCUCUCGCUCCUAGAAGCGCUUCUUUGGUAUAGCGGGACUGGGUUUGACAAGAUGCGGUUUGAAGGGGACGCGAAGACGAUUAUUGAUAAAAUCAACCAAGCGGAUACGAGGGAUAGUCGGGCUGGAGCUCUCCUUGAAGAAGUUCUGAUUUGUUUAUCCAACCAUAGUGGGUUCUCAGUGCGGUUUGUAGGUCGGCGUAGUAAUAGCGUAGCCCAUUUGGUGGCUAAAAAGGCCCUUCAUUUGUAUCCGAAUGCGAGUCGCUUCUUUGAUUUUAUAGCCUGGUUAACUUCCAGGAUGUAACUAUCUAUUUUCUUAUCAAUAUAUGAUUAUCUUUUGUAAAAGAAAAAAGAUUGAAUUGCAAAAGGUAAAAUCUGAAACAAAAUUGAGAAUGAAAGCAGGUUUAAUGAAUUGGUGUAGAUUUUUUAAAAUAUAUGCGCAUAAAUUGAAAAUAUUUGAGCUACAAUCCUCGUUUAAUUGAAAAUGGUCAACUCUACACAAUAAAUAAAAGCCAAAUGAGAAAACUUGAAGCUCAAUUUCUUGCAUCCAGAGUGAAAGUAGGAGGUUAGAUUCGUCUUCACAGUCAGUAAUAAGAUUUGAACCGUGGCCUUUUCAAACAAAAAUAAGAAAUAUAACCAGUUACAAUAAACACAUUUGUGUGAUUUUUUCGAUUAAAAAACAUAAAAGAAGUUGAAAGGAAGGAGGAAAUGAGAGGAAAAUGGAGAGGGAAGAGGCGGAUCAAAGAAAUUACUUUCUUUCGCCUUUGUUUUAUUCGACAGAAAGAAAGAGAGGAGAAUCAAUUUGUUGUGCAUUUUUCGAACUAAAUCCCUCUACGCUUAAGCUCUGGCCCAGAUUCCGAUUAAGUCCCAGGGCAACAAUUCGCCAUUGAAAGACUUUUGGAUGUGGGUGAAAAGUGGAAGGGAGAAAGAGAAAGGGUUGGAGUAGAACAAACCUACACAAAUCGACUCCAGCGCAGAAUCGAGGCUCGUCAAGCCAGCGGAGCUUGCGUUUGUCAAAAUUAAAGGAGAGAUGCGACCCUCUUUCGGAGCACAGAGAGAUGCCUGCUACUUCACCAUCUUCAAAAUUAAAGAAGAUUCAGUGGCGGACUCUAAAUCUUCGCCUUUUGCCAAAAUCCAUGAACCCUCUCCAUAGUCAGACCUCUAGUCUAGUCGCCGUCGGCAACGCUUGGGCGCCGCAUGUCUUUCUUUUCCUAUGCAGAUAUGAGAGUCCCCGGAUAAAAGCGCCGUGAAGGAUUUGUUUGUAAUUUUGAAAUUAUAAUUACUUUUUCUGUUUUAUUUAUUUUAAUUAAUUUUUAUAGUGAGGUGGAAAUUGUAAAAGACUAUUUUUUAAUUUUCACGUCACUCAUUUAAUGGUCAACUAUUAGAGUUGACUGUCACAUAAGAUAACUUAACGGAGACUAACGGAAAGUGACCAAACUUGAACUGUCGAACUAAUGUUAAUGACCAUGAAUGGAAUAAACUAAUUUUAGUGGCAAACAUGAAAUGUUAUAGUAAUUACAGUGACCAAACUUGCAAUUUAACCAUUUUUAAACAUAGAACUUUUAAGUGAAUAUGAGCACAUGUGUCUUUAGGAGAGGGGUAAAUAUGGAAAGGUUGAGUGAUGUUAGUUUGCGAACGCGGAUGGAAAAGACACUACUAAUGUAAACAGACCCAAAUAGUGUCCCGACCCAAUAAAUGCUCAACCAUCAUCGUCUCUCCAAACUUCCCAUCGGACUCAACAACCGACUAACUUGCUCUAAAUCUAUUGUUAUGCCAGAGCAAUUUUUGGAGGAUUAAAUAUGGAAAUAUUGAGUGUUGUUGGUUUAUCCAAUGCGAAUAGAAAAUGUGCUACUAAUGUAAACGAGCCAGAUAAUGUCCGACCCACUAAACGCUCAACCACACGGAUUGCUUUCGCUACAUCUAAUAUAAUAGUGAAAUGGGA